UCCAUGGCUUCCAGUAUGACAGAGGGUUCAGCAGGACAACAAGAACAACCUGCCCCAAGAUUGCAGAUUUACUCCACCUCUGAUACAGUCUCUCCCUUCUGGAGAGAGAAGUAUGAAAGAGAAGCUAAGAAGUACUGGGAUGUCUUUUAUAAGCGACAUCAAGAUAGGUUUUUCAAAGAUCGGCACUACUUGGAUAAGGAAUGGGGCCAAUACUUCUCUGGAGCUGGGCAGAAAUUUAUUUUAGAGGUUGGCUGUGGAGCUGGAAACACUAUCUUUCCACUGGUUGCGACAUACACAGAUGUUUUUGUCCAUGCUUGUGAUUUUUCACCAAAUGCUGUGAACUUGGUUAAGAAACAUAAAGACUUUACAGAAUCCCGAGUUAACGCAUUCGUCUGUGAUUUGACUAUUGACGAUCUGAGCCAGCAGAUAUCUCCAUCUUCAGUAGAUAUUGUAACCAUGAUUUUUGUGUUAUCUGCAGUAUCUCCUGAGAAGAUGUCUCUCGUAGUGCAGAAUAUAAGAAAAAUUCUCAAGCCAAGUGGUCGUGUGCUAUUUCGCGAUUAUGCUACUGGUGACCUCGCUCAGGAAAGAUUAAACUGCAAGGACCAAAAGAUUAGUGAAAACUUUUAUGCCAGAGGCGAUGGCACUAGGGCUUUCUACUUCUCUAAUGAGUUCUUGACAAGCUUAUUCAAAGAAAAUGGUUUUGAUGUUGAGGAACUUGAUUUGUGCUGCAAACAAGUUGAGAACCGGUCGCGGGAGUUGGUGAUGAAUAGACGGUGGGUUCAAGCUGUAUUCUGCCUUUCAGAUAAUACUAACUCUAAUACCAACUCAGAAACUGCAAUCAGGAUAGACCAUCCUAGUGGUCAAGGGAUUGAAGGGAAAAUGGAGCUGGAUGUCAACGAUAACAUCUUGCCAAAACCUGUAAAUGAUUUGGAGGUUGACAUGUCCGACAGUGUAGUGGCAGAAAUGUUUGGUCUUCCAACUUCCACUGAUAGUGAUAAUGAAGUGAUUGAACUCAAGCUGGGAGGUUGGACUUUCAAAAUCAAAGUGCUAUCGAAAGAGAACCAACACACCUGCAAAUCAACUGGUUUAAUGUUAUGGGAAUCAGCUCGGUUUAUGGCUCCUGUUAUAGCAAGAAAUCCAACUAUUGUUGCUGGAAAACGGGUGUUGGAGUUGGGAUCUGGCUGUGCAGGCAUUUGUUCUAUGAUUGCUGCUAGAUCUGCGGAACUUGUAUUGGCCACUGAUGGAGACACCAAAGCACUCGACCUUCUGGUGGAAAAUGUCAUGUCAAAUCUUAGACCGCCAAUUUCAGACAAAUUUACUACAAGAAUAUUAGAAUGGGGAAAUAAAGACCAUAUAGAAGCCAUCAAGCAAGUUAACAGUGGAGGAUUUGAUAUCAUAUUAGGUACAGAUGUCACUUACAUACCUGAUGCUAUUUUGCCCUUCUUUCAAACUGCAAAGGAGUUGAUUUCAUCUAAUGAUCAAGCAGCCCUAAUCCUCUGUCAUAUUUUUCGUCGGGUAGAUGAGCCUUCAAUACUUUCAGCAGCUUCUCGAUUUGGUUUUAAGCUAGUUGAUAAGUGGCCUGUAGAAACUCCUAUUACUCCAUCACAAAGUAUCAUCAAUUCUUGGUUCCCUGAAAACGGCUCUGUGGAAGUAUCAAGGGGGCCAUUACAUAUUUUGUACUUCCAGAAGGAGUGAAAUUCUGGGAUUCAUUGAUCUCGUUCUUUCUUCUGCUAGGACAGAAGUAUAUCAAAAAAAAGGUUAUGAGUACCUCAUACAAUGUAUUUGUCUGUAAUGUUAAUCCUUGUUGUACCAUCAACUUGUAGUCAUUUUGCUUGAAUGUAAGACACGAAAUUGGAUCUUCCCCCGAAUUUAUCAAGUUUUGAGAGUAAUUAAAUCUUGUUGUACC